UUCUUUGGUGGACUAUGUGCAAGGAGGCAGCCAAACGGGAGCCAAUAAAGAGUCACUGGAGAGAUUGAGCGGCGAAGCUGCGCCAAAGCCAAAACGACAAUGAAAGGACGAGACGAGUCUCAACAGCGAGCAACAGAGACUGCGAGGCCCCUGAAGCACGACGGCGGAUGUCUCUAUUUGCAGAGUUUCAAGGAAGGACUGAGGUGAAGGAGAGAUGAAGAAGAAGAGAAGAACGAGAGCGACCAGCAAGUCAAGUCAAGUAAAAGAGAUUAGGGGCGCCGCCUUGGUUUGAUGCAUUUCGCACUGAGACGGGGGAAGAAGCGCCGAGGGGUCCGCCCAUUGAGUGUAAGGGGUACCGCGCUAUGCUGGGCCGGGGGGGCAGCGCGGGCGGUACCUGGUACCUGCGAGCGAAGGCAGUUGAGCGCUGCGGGUCGCCAGCGAGGGGCCGCCUGGGGAGUGUCUUGGCUGGUAAUUUCAGCGUCCAGGAAUAGCCAAGGAACAGCCAGGAAUAGCCAGGAACAGCCAGGAACAGCCGGGAAUAGCCCCCCUGGGCGUGCUGGAGGGGCCCUGGAGGCAAAAAUGGAAUCCAAGAGCGACCAAGAUGGAAUCACGCGCUGGGAUGCCGUGCAGAUGGAAUCGUCGAAGCCGGCCGUGGAACGAUCGCAGCGGUGCAGCAUGGCGGCGGCUGGCAGCAUCAAUCGUCAAUCGCUGUUUCUGCCCCCAAAGGCACCUCUAAAUCCUCCGGCAAUGCACGCCGGCACGCCUUGGCACGCUGGAACAAGAAACGCAGACGCAGGGGCCGCCCAGUCUGUUCCACGAGUCUGUUCCACGAGAGCUACGCUGCCACCAACGGCGCGCCAGCAGGCCAAUGAGAGGCGCCACGCAGACAACAAAGGAAAAAGGGAAAAGGGCAGCUCCAGGCAAAUGCUGCGCCAGGGACCGAUCCGGCACAGCGCGCCGAGGCUGCUAGGCCCGCGAGGGGAUAAGCCGCUGGGCCUGGUUUCCCCUGAAAGAUGGAGACGGCCGUGCGCGGUACCGAGUACCUGCGGCGCUGCUGACGGCGCGGCGCGGCGGCCGGGUACAGGGUACGCGCGAACACGCAGCGCUCGAGCUGCAAUUCGUUCUGUUUCCUGUCGUCGUCUCGUCGUCCAGGAUCUUAAUUUGCUGCCCCAAUCUCCCAGCGUCGCGCCAGCCAGGUAUCGAGUACAUUGAUGCAUGCUGUAUAUGCGAUUCGCAGUGCUGGCUGGGUCCAGUAUUCGACUGCUAGCCAGGUGCUAGUUAAAAUGCGUGCGUGUGCCAAGUGGGCAUCGCCAUCAAAAGCCGUCAACAGGCACAAGCCAAGGUCCAGCACGGGGGAUCCACGAUGUGCAAGUA